CGGCCACUACAAACUGCGCAUAAGAAACCGGGCAAUCAACCUUUUGCAACAUCGCCAUGAGCACAACAGGUUUCAACGCGGCUGGUGCCGGAAAGAAGGCGGUUCACGUCAAGUGGGCCGGCAAAACCAUUGCGCUCGGGACUUUCCCUGCUUCUGAAGCGGACGAAAAAUGUGCCAGAGCGAAGGCUUUAACUCGAGCAUGGCGAUCUACCAUGCGACCAAAACCUAGUCGCGACUGGGUCAUGGUUGAACUAGAACGUCUGGGUGUGAGGGUGGUAAGUGGGCGUCUCGGGCGCAAAGCGGGUGAAGAUGGAGAGGACGAUCCAAUGGACCCCAAAAAGGGCGGUCAUCCUGGUGGUAUGAGCAUCGGAGGUCCUAUUGAAAGAAAUUCGAGCAUGGGAUUUGGUGGCGAGAUGGACUUGAACGCCUUGAUGGCUAGACGGAAUUCCUCCAUUGGAAUGUCAAUGAUGGGCGAUACAAUGAACCGACGCGGCUCUUUAGGAUCAUUGGGCCAAACCAUGGGUAUGGAUGGCGACCCUUCGAUGCCUCCGCACCGCCCUUUUGUGGGGGGUGGUGCGGCUGCGGCGUACGAAGCCUCCCGUCACGAUCACUAUACGCAGAAAAGCGCCGAGCAACAACGUCGUGCGUCGAGCCUGGGCUUGGGUAACUUAACGGGCGGUGGCCUCGGCAAUAUGGGGAUGUCUGUGAAUCCUAAUCAACAUUACGAAAUGCUAAAGCUCCACCACAUGAACCUCCUCAAUGAAAUCCAGGAAACAACCUUGAUGAUGAAUCUUUAUCAACAGCAGCAAUUACAGCAGCAGCAACAUCAGCUACAGCAGCAGGCUGGACCAGAUGGUAUGGGCAACAACGGUGAUCCGGGACUGGGUAUGAUGCAGCAACAGCUUCAAAAUAGUGGUUCCUCUAACCAGCAGGGUCUCGACCAGAUGUUUGGUUCCGCCCAAUUGAGUCAACAACAGCGUGCAUCCUUGGGUCUGGGAGGUCCGCAAAUGGGGGGCGGAAAUACAGGCGGCGGCGGUAACUAUAACUCGCAGCAACAAUUCCAGCUGAUGCAGCAACAAAUGGAAGGCGGUAUGGGUGGCGGUGGACAAGGAGGUGUUAGCUCCAUGGGACAAAGCGGAAAUCAGGUUAUGGAAAGCCGUCUUGCGCAGCUAAAAGACGACCUUGCUCGAGGAAGAACCCAAGGAGACAAAAUGGGAUCCUCUAGUUCGCCUGGAGCCACUUCACCGGGAAGAAAACGAACGCUGGAUAAAGUCAGCGGCUCAAGUAAGAAAAGAAGCAAGCCGGAGGAGGAGGACAACGAUGAUGACGAUGACGAGGAGGACGGCUCAAAAUAAACUUCAAAGAGCUCUAGCAAAACAAUUAUAAUUGAUAGUAUGUUGUUUGUGAACCG